CCUCGGCUUAGAGUAGCCCUGUCCGCGACUUGCGGCCUCCCGCCGGCCACCGAGCUCGGGAGGACGCGGGCGGCCCCCACAGGCAUGCAGCUCCUCCCAGGUCCUAGAGCGGCUCGGUGCGGCCCCGCGCUUCCGCUUCCCGUCCCCGCCCCCGGCGGCCGCCCCCGGGACGCCUGGGUCCGAGCCCCCUCCCCAUUUGGCGCGGAGCCCGCGUCCCGGGGCCGCCGGCGGCUCGGGCAGCGGAGCCCCGCCGAGGAGCUCGCGAGGGCGCCGGGGUGGCAUAGUCGGAGGCGGCCAGUUGGAGAAGGGGGCGCUGCGGGCCGGAAGGAACAGCAGGGCGGCGUGCGGGCGAUGGAGCGCGCGGUGGAGCCCUGGGGCCCGGAUCUCCAGGGCGUAGAGGAGAGGGAGCAGCUGAGAAGCGCCCGCACAGGUAUAGGGAGUGAGAAUGUGGAGAUUUCUCAGCCGGAUGAGUUUGAACAUACCCCCCAGGAGGAUGACUUGGGGUUCAAGGAAGAGGAAGAUUUGGCCCCAGGUCAUGAAGUAGGAAAUGCCUCUCUCAAACCUGAAGGCAUCCAGACCUGGGAUGACUUGUGGGUCCAGAGAGAGGUACCAGGAAAACCUCAGGCUCGGGACGGAGGUCCCCGGCUCCUGGGAGAGCCACGUUGGGGCCAGGCUAGUGAUCGGGCUGCCGUGUGUGGUGAGUGUGGCAAGAGCUUUCGGCAGAUGUCAGAUCUGGUGAAACACCAGCGGACCCAUACUGGGGAGAAACCCUACAAGUGUGCGGUGUGUGGCAAGGGCUUUGGGGAUAGCUCUGCCCGUAUCAAACACCAGCGAACUCAUAGUGGUGAAAAACCCUACAGAGCUCGGCCACCAGCCCAAGGCCCCCCAAAGAUUCCUCGAUCCAGGAUCCCGGCUGGUGAGCGCCCCACUAUUUGCGGUGAAUGUGGCAAGAGCUUCCGGCAGAGUUCUGACCUGGUGAAACACCAGCGAACACACACGGGUGAGAAACCCUACAAGUGUGGCAUCUGUGGGAAGGGCUUUGGUGACAGUUCUGCUCGCAUAAAGCACCAGCGGACACACCGGGGGGAGCAGCCUCCCCGGCCCGUGGUGCCCAGACAGCAGCCUUCUCGAGCAGCCACAGCAGCCACACAGGGGCCCAAGGCCCAGGACAAGCCAUAUAUCUGCACCGAUUGUGGUAAAAGGUUUGUGCUCAGCUGCAGCCUUCUGAGCCACCAGCGCAGUCACUUGGGGCCCAAACCUUUUGGCUGUGAUGUGUGUGGAAAGGAGUUUGCCCGGGGCUCAGACCUGGUGAAGCACCUGCGGGUGCAUACAGGAGAGAAGCCCUAUCUAUGCCCUGAGUGUGGCAAGGGCUUUGCUGACAGCUCUGCCCGGGUCAAACACCUCCGCACCCAUAGUGGGGAGAGGCCUCACGCCUGCCCUGAAUGUGACCGCACCUUCAGCCUCAGCUCCACCCUUCUCCGCCACCGCCUCACUCAUAUGGAGCCCCAGGACUUCAGCUUCCCAGGCUAUCCCUUGGCUCCCCUGAUCCCCAGCCCACCCCCCAGCUCAAGCCCACCCCCACCUCCUCUUGGCACGAGCCCCCCUCUGACACCUCGAAGCCCUUCACACUCAGGUGAUGGGCCUUUUGGCCUGCCUGGCUUGGAACCAGAGCCUGGGGGCCCACAGGCUGGGGAGCCUCCCCCACCCCUGGCAGGUGACAAGCCACACAAGUGCCCUGAGUGUGGCAAGGGCUUCCGCCGAAGCUCGGACCUGGUGAAACACCAUCGUGUGCACACAGGGGAGAAGCCCUACCUCUGCCCUGAAUGCGGCAAGGGUUUUGCUGACAGCUCGGCCCGAGUCAAGCACCUCCGCACCCACCGAGGUGAACGGGCUCGGCCGCCACCACCAUCCACUCUCCUGAGGCCACAUAACCCCCCUGGCCCAGCAUCCACAGCCUCUCGACCCCGAGUCCGAGCCCAGCCCUCUGGACCCAGCCAGCCCCAUGUGUGUAGCUUCUGUGGGAAGGAAUUUCCCCGGAGUUCAGAUCUGGUCAAACAUAGGCGAACACACACUGGGGAGAAGCCAUAUAAGUGUGCAGAGUGUGGCAAAGGUUUUGGUGACAGUUCGGCCCGCAUCAAGCACCAGCGUGGGCACUUGGUCCUGAGGCCCUUCGGGACAGGGGAUGGUCAGUCAAGGCCCCUCAAGGAGGAGCCACCAACAGGACUGGAGUAAUAGGGUCCAGGGAAGGUGGAAGCCCAGGAGACCAAAGGGAGGGUAUCUGCUGCUUAAGCAGCAAAUAAAGGGCCGGGGAGGUGGUGGGAGGGAGAAGAGGGGAAGAAAUGGGAGAAAGGAGUGAAUAGUUAGAAAUAGAGAUUGGAGACAAUGACCUUGAAGCUCAGGAAACUGUCCUGGCUGGGCUCAGUCAGGACCUUGACAGUGUGGUCUAUACCCCCAGCUUCUAGAACACUGCCUCAUAUUCUGAAUAGUGUAGGCACUUAAUACUUAUUGAAUGAAUAAACUGGCCUUAGCCUGAGGGCCCUUAAAAAACUCUAAAAUCUGCUGCCUCUUAACCUGUUAAGAAUUGAUCCCACACAACCUUGCCCCUAGGAGACCAGCACCCUGGCCAGCACCAAACAGGGUUGGUUUGACCUUAUCAACUGCAACAGUAAGACUUAAGAAGGAGUUUCGGGUGGUAGAAAGGCAGGGGCAUCUUGAACCUUCUGAUGGGAAGAGCUUUGCUCUGUGGAUCGCAGUACCCAGGCUCAGGCCACCAGACAUGGUCAGCCAGUGGGACACCCUUGGACAGCCCAGAUCUUAUCUGCCUGGAGAACCCCAACCCGCCCUGACACCUGGACACUGGCAGAAUGGACCAGAGACCGCAGAAGGUCCUACGCUCCAUGCCAAGCCCAGGUCCUGGUGGACAUCAGCAGAGACAAACUGGCAGGGAGACGAGCAGGACUGGAGUGAGGAGAGGCCAGGGAAGCUCCAAGGCAGGACAGCCACAUCUCCAUGUAUCUCCUCACCAAUAAAUUUUCUUGUCUGAAACUUGGA